AUGGUUUUCGAAAAUCUUAGUGAGGGAAAGCUCUUCAAAAUCCCGAAAAUACCUUGGAACGAUCAUGUUCUCUACGAUGAUGUUUACACUUCGAAGGAAGGGACCAGCCCCGAGAAUUCGCUAACGGGAUCAUUCUUCUUUAUUGAAAAGACUGAUGCCCCUCCGGAGGAACUUCCGCAAUAUACCUGCGAUGAGACCGGGGCCGUGCUGAGAGGAACCGUGAACAUAGGAGAUGAGACCGGCAAACAGGUUACCCUCAAGACUGGUGACACUUUCUUCAUCCACCGAGGCUCUCAAGUCACUUGGACCAGCGAUGAUUAUGCCGUUUGCUUCAAGGCAGGUAAUCGUGCCAGAUUUGAUAUGAAGAAGGAGGCCGAAAAGAAAUAA